ACAGAAUAACGUCCACGUUUUGCUCCAGAUCAUCUCAUCCUCCCAGGGGGAAGGCAAUGGUUGCAAUGGAGCUGGCUCAGGAUCUGGUGACUUUUGAGGAGGUGUCUGUGUAUUUCACUAGGGAGGAAUGGGCUCUUCUGGACCCUGUUCAGAGAGCCCUCUACAGGGAAGUCAUGCAGGAGAACUAUGAGACGGUGACCUCGCUGGUAGGGUUUCCAGUUUCCAAACCUGAUGUGAUCUCCCAGGUGGAACGAGGGGAAGAGCCGUGGGUUCCAGACCUCCGUGGCUCUGAGAAAGAAGUGCUUCCAAGAGCUGCCUGCACAGGUGAUGGGAUGGUGAGUGAGAAUGAGGAGGAGAAACCCCGUCAGGAAGAUGCUGAGCGAAGAGAAGCACAUGGAAUGUUAUCAGGAAGAUCCAAAGAGAAUGUUUCCAGGAGUUGUGCACUCCCAGAAAAACCAAAAGCCUGUGAGACUCAGGGGAGGCCAGAGGGAAACUUUAGUAGCCUCUCAGACCUUAUAACAAGUGGCAGAAUCAACUUGGAAGAGACACGCUACAGGUGCCAUGAGUGUGGGAAAAGCUUCAGUCGGAGCUCUACCCUUGUCAGACAUCGUAGAAUCCACAGGGGAGAGACGCCUUAUACGUGUACUGAGUGUGGGAAAAGCUUCAGUCAGAGCUCACACCUUAUCCGACAUCAGAGAAUCCACACUGGAGAGACGCCUUAUACGUGCACUGAGUGUGGGAAAAGCUUUAAUUGGAGCUCUACCCUGAAUGCCCAUCGUAGAAUCCACACAGGAGAGAAGCCCUACACAUGCGCUGAGUGUGGAAAAAGCUUUCGUUGGUGCUCACACCUUAUCGGACAUCGGAGAAUCCACACAAGAGAGACGCCCUACUCAUGCUCAGAGUGCGGGAAAAGCUUUAGUCGGAGCUCAAACCUUAUCAGACAUCAGAGAAUCCACACAGGAGAGACGCCUUACACGUGCACUGAGUGUGGGAAAAGCUUCAAUCGGAGGUUUACCCUGAACACACAUCGUAGAAUCCACACAAGGGAGAUGCCCUACACAUGCUCUGAGUGCGGGCAAAGCUUCAGUCGGAGCUCUACCCUUGUCAGACAUCGUAGAAUCCACACAGGAGAGACGCCCUACACAUGCUCUGAGUGUAAGAAAAGCUUCAGUCAGCGUUCAAACCUUAUCACGCAUCAGAGAAUCCACACAGGAGAGACGCACUCAAGCCUUAUCACACAUCAGAGAAUCCACACAGGAGAGACGCCCUACACAUGCUCUGAGUGCGGGAAAAGCUUUAGUCGGAGCUCACUCCUUAUCAUACAUCAGAGAAUCCACACGGGAGAGACGCCGUACACGUGCACUGAGUGUGGGAAAAGCUUCAAUCGGAGCUCUACCCUGAACACGCAUCGUAGAAUCCACACAGGAGAGACGCCCUACACAUGCGCUGAGUGCGGGAAAAGCUUUAGUCGGAGCUCACUCCUUAUCAUACAUCAGAUAAUCCACACGGGAGAGACGCCGUACACGUGCACUGAGUGUGGGAAAAGCUUCAGUCAGAGCUCUACCCUGAACACGCAUCGUAGAAUCCACACGGGAGAGACGCCCUACACAUGCGCUGAGUGCGGGCAAAGCUUCAAUCGGAGCUGUACCCUGAACACACAUCGUAGAAUCCACACAAGGGAGAUGCCCUACACAUGCUCAGAGUGAGGGCAAAGCUUCAAUCAGUGCUCAAGGCUCAUUAGACAUCAGAAAAUGCACAGCAGAGAGAAUUGUAAUAAAUCCCUUGACUAGGGUUGGCAAAAAUGAAUUUUUUUUUUU